GUGGAACUUCCUAAACUCAACUGCGCUCGGCUCCUCUGUACUUGCCUCCUGCCUCCCUUGCCCGCGCACCCCCAGACGGGGCCUCUGUCUCAGAGCACUCGUCCACCCCAACGACGACUCUGCUUCCCAGGCCUCGCCUCCCCGCUCAGUCCUCCGCCGCCGAGAACGUACCCUGCCACGCCUACCGACUCCACUGGCACCCCUCCUUCCCCUGAGCCCUCCGCGCCGGCGUGGCCCGUGCACUCCACCGCCAACCCCACGCUGGCGCCUGCCUGCCGCCGCUGCGGAUCCCACACAAGGCCAUCAUGUUAAGUGUUAAUGUGAGAAGAGAAUAGCAAAAAGGGAAUGUAUGAGCACAUGACGUAGUGUGAGAAGAGAAGAACGAAAGGGGAGUAGAGGAGCCAAGCCACACAAAUCAGCCGAAGAACAACUUGGGAGAUCUCCAUGGGGAAGAAGAGGAAACAAGAUCAAUGGAGAGAUGACUCAAGCUCUUCUAAUGUCAAGCGGCGUAGGUCUUGCCACUGCGAGAAUGGGGAGACGAGCAGGCCAAAUGAUGGGAUAUCGCCUCGGGAGGGGUUAUCAGCUAUUGUUCGUGCGGUAACUGAAUUGAAAGACGUCAUGCAGCUUCAAUUGCGCAUGGAGGAAAAAUUCAACAAACGAAUUCAAAAGCUUAAGGAAAAGAGGAAAAAAGACAAGAAAAAGCAUGAAGAGGAUCUCAGAGUACUCAAGGAAGAGCUCGAAUCAAAAUUUGAAGACAUGCAAAAAGAAGUGUGUGGUGAAGUAAAUCAUUACAAGGCAUCUCCAUCUCAGAGAUCACAACUAAGCCAAUCAACAAGAUUUCGACUAGUAAUUGAAAAUAGCGUGAGCAGAACAAUUUACAAAAAGGAAACUAUAGAGACUGUCGAUGGUGGAGGUCACAUAAAAGUUGUCAUGUACGAUGGUGGCAAUCCAAUUGCGUCUGACCACCGUCUUGCUUCAGUAAGAGUUGAGCUAGUGGUCAUUGAAGGAGGGUUCGAUGAAAAGCGGGAUUCAUGGUCUAAAGAGGAGUUUGAGGAAAGGAUAAUAAAACCACGAAGAACAACCACAUUGACAAGUCUAGUGAAAAACGGUGCAUUUAAUCUGAUUGGUGGGAGUUGUGAUCAUGAAGGUGCCAUUAUUAUGGAUAAUUCACAGCAAAGGGAAGUUAAGCUUGGAGUAAGGAUCACAGUGCCUACAGAAACAAGAGUUCUUGAAGGAGUAUCAAAUCCUUUCAAAGUACAGGAAGGCAAGACAAAAAAGUCAGCACCAAACAAAACAGGCAAAAAACUUUCUCAUCCAGUUCCAACGCGAAACUUGGUACAGCCAACCAGCACCCACGCAGCACAACAUGACCGUGGAAAGCAUUCAGGAUUUCCGACUGAUGGUACUGCAGAGGAUAAUCGACUGAGUUAUCCACCAGCUACCGUGCCACCGAUAGUUGAGGGAAAUGGGCACGCCCUAAACUGCAACAGUCAGCAAUCUUCUCAACAAAUUCCAACGCCAAUCUUGUGGCAGCCAACGAGCACCCAUUCAAUGCAACAUGGAUAUUAUCCACCUUUGCCUGCUUUUGGACAAGACCAGUUCACUAGUUUACCUAAUGCAAGUUCUCAAGUUGCAUUUCCAAACCUUUCAGAGUAUGGGUCACUGGAUGGCCAGUGGAAUUCCAUCCCCAGAGGGGAAAUAUUCGUUGAAGAUGUAAAUCAUUCAAAUGUCCAGCUACCAGUUGAAGAGUAUUAUAUAGAUGCGUCAUUUACAUGUGGUCAAGUACUACUCCAAUGGUACAAGCCUCAAGUGGAGCUCAAGGAACACUGGAACUUUCUUGAUCAGCUCAUGCCUCUGUAUAGCACACAAUCAGGGUUUUAUAGAGAAAGUUUCCACAGUACGAGCCUCAUGGAGAAAGCCCAUAAGUUAAUGGGCAGUACAUCAGGCGAUUCUGUUAUGAAGAUAAUCACCAGUCUUCCAAGUCGAGCCACCCAAACUCCUCAGAGGAGAGGCGUUCUCGUUCAGCCCAUUGCGCCAUAUGAUUCACAUGAUGAGCCACCAGUUAAGAAGCAAAGAAAUGCCAAAUAUCAAUUGCGAUUUGUCAAUAGGGUGUGCAAUGAAUACUACACAUGGGAACAAAUUAAAUCAGAGGAUGGAAAUCUUUUAAAGGUAGCUUUGUAUGAUGAGAACAAUCUGGUAGUCACAUCUGGUCCACUGUCUGCAGCUUCUGUGGAGAUCGUACUACUUCAUGGCGAUUUCAAUGCCGAUGGUCAAGAUUAUUGGCCAUCAGAGGAGUUCAGAGCCUGCGUAGUGCAUCCACAAUCUGUAAAAGAACCACCAGCCUUGGGAGGUGAUGGUGUCUUGGCACUGACUGAUGGAGAGGCAGACAUUAGUAAUAUGUAUUUCCGGACUUCCUCUUUCCAUGCCAGAACUGGAAUGUUCAAGAUGGGUCUUGAGAUUAAAAAUGCAAGAGAAGAAAGUGUUCAAGAAGGAAUCACUAGACCAUUUCUUGUGAGAGUUUGCCAAGGGGAAGAAUCAAGCUGCCCCCUGAUCAGACCUUUCAAAUUGUUUGGUAUGGGAACAGAAGACGUCGGCGCAUCAUCGGCGUUGCAUUAUCAGUCGUUGCAGGUGAGAAGUGUGUUUUGGGCGUUGAUGGCAGAGCACCAUCACAGCACGGUCCGGAGGGCUUCAAAUCACUCUUCAGAACAUUACCUCUUGAAGUACGUCCGAGGGAUCGUUAAACUGAAGUGUUUAUUGAUGCGGAGAAGGGACCGUAAAAAACUCUACAUGCAGAAGAGUAAAGAUGCAGAUGAUUAUAACGCCGCAAUUGCCAAGAAGCUUAAGUACUCUUACAUGCAGAAGAAUAAAGACGCAGAUGACUCUGCCAGCGCAUUUGCCAAGGCGCCCUCCUCUCUGAGUGUGAGAGCACCACGUGUAUGAAACAUUCCUCUUUUCUCCAUCAAGGGAAGGACCAAAGACGAUUAGAAGAAACAAGAACCCGGAACCAAAGAUAGCAGGGAUAUAAAUUAUUGGGUCUGUCUAUAUAACAUCUAGAUGUGAGAUAUUUGUUUGUUUGUUUGUUUUAUGCAAAGCAUUUUUUGGUUUUUU